AUGGCUGGUCUCGUCACUCAACUGCAAGUCCUUGCACAGGAGAAUGGCUGCUUCCUCGACAUCUCCGCCCUGCUCGACCUGAGCAUCUGCCCUAAUAUCAAUGUCAAGGCCGACAAGCCCAAGAUUGUGAACGUCAAGGAAGACGGCCACAUCUGCAUCACCCCGACCGAGGGGGGAAACAACGGGAACAAUGGCGGCAACCCCAACCCGGGUAACAACGGCGGCAACCCCAACCCGGGUAACAAUGGUGGUAACAACGGCGGGAACAACGGUGGCAACCCCAACCCAGGUAACAACGGUGGCAACAACGGCGGGAACAACGGCGGCAAUCCCAACCCUGGUGGCAACAAUGGCAGCAAUCCGAACCCAGGAAACAACGGCGGUAACAACGGAGGCAACAACGGCAACCCUAACCCGGGCAACAAUGGAAACAACGGCGGCAACCCCAAUCCUGGUGGCAACAAUGGCGGUAACCCCAAUCCAGGAAACAACGGCGGCCAGCCCAAGCCUGAUCCCAACCCCAACCCGGGAAACAAUGGCGGCAACCCCAACCCUGGCCAGUGCCCCACGAACUGGUGCUUCGAAGUCCCCGAUGAGGUCUGCAAGAAGCCUCUCGUUUCCCUGGAUCUUGACAUCCUCGUCCUUCUCGAUCUGCUCACCGAGGAGGAGCUUGAGAAGUACCUCAAGAUCACUGGUGCUCUGCCCAAGGAUGAUAAACUCGACGUCGGCAAGAAGCCCGUCGGUGUUGAUCCUCUGCUCAGCCUGGGGCUUCUCAACGAGGAUGAACUCCUUAGCUUGAACCUUCUUGGCGACAAUGGCCUGCUGAACCUUGGUGUCGGAGGAAAGAAUGGUAUUGCGAAGCUUAGUCUCGGCAAGGAUGGUAGCAUUCUUGAUUUGAACCUGAAGAAGCGCCACGACCACGAUGACCACUAUGACGGCCUUCUUGACAUCGAUGUUGGUGGAAAGAAGGAUGACAAGAAGGCUGCGAUCGACAUCGAUAUUCUCACCCAUGACCGCCGCCAUGACGACUAUGAUGGCCUUCUUGAUAUUGAUGUUGGUGGAGAGCAGGAUGAGAAGAAUGCUGCGAUUGACGUGGAUGUUCUCACUCACCCUAAAGGUGACAACGAUCACGACGAUCACUACGAUGGCCUCCUUAAUGUUAACGUUGGUGGAAAGCAAGAUGACAAGAAAGCCGCGAUUGACGUUGAGGUUCUUACUCACCCUCGUCGUCGCGAUUGUGGUCCCAGCUGCCGCAACGGACAGGGCCGGCCCGUACAGAGUCAGCCCGUACAGAUCCAGCCUGUACAGAACCAGCCUGGACAGAGCAAGCCUGGACGCAAGCCAUCCACCAACCAAGGAUUGCUCGACAUUGAUGUUCUCGGCAAGAAGGACAAGGACCAGGCCAUCAUCGACGUUGAUAUUCUUACCCACGACCGCCGUGACGGUGGUGACAAGGGCCUCCUGGAUGUCGACGUUGGUGGCUACAAGGACGAGCAGCAGGCUGCCAUCGACAUCGACAUCCUGACAAAGAACCGCCCCGUCAAAGACCAGCCUACACCUGGUGGAAACAGCGGCAACCUCGACCACUACCGGCCCAUCUGCAAGAAGGCUAUCAAGGACCGUGCUUCUUCCGUGAGAGUCAAGGCCAAGGACGUCAACCACUGCCUGUCCCUUUGCUCUGCCACCGCUGCUCGCGCUACCAUUGCUGCAAACCCCGGGGCUGUUACCACUGCCAACAUCAAGGUCUGUGCCGCCAUUGACUUCAACUCCUCCGCCGUGGACGGCAACAACUGCGCUUUCGUUGUCCGCGGAAAGGGCGAGUCUUUCGCCGAGACUGAGCUCGAGGACAACGACAAGCACGCCGUUUUUAUCCGCAAGUAA